AGUACUAAUCACACAUGUAGUCGCAGCAUAGAGCAUCUCCUCCCUUCAAGUUGUAGAGUUUUGUGAAUGGAAGAUGCUUGAGUAAUGGCAUCAAAUUCUAUCUCAGCCUAUACAGACAUAUACAGAGAGCUUCAUCAACCAGUCCUCAUUACUGCAGGAUGCUUUGCAGCUAUAGCAGUGAUCCUCUCCAUCUACCUCAAUCUCCAACAUCUCAGAUCAUACACCAAUCCUGCAGAACAAAAAUGGAUCGUUGCUGUCAUUUUCAUGGUUCCCGUCUAUGCCACUGAGUCAGUUAUAUCCUUGUGGGUUCCAAGGUUGUCUCUUGCAUGUGACAUUUUAAGAAACUGCUAUGAAGCAUUUGCCUUGUAUUCUUUUGGGAGCUAUUUGGUUGCUUGCCUGGGUGGCGAAAGAAGGGUCAUAGAACUACUAGAAAAUAAGUCAAGGGAACAGCUUGGCAAACCAUUGUUAGAAGGGGCAGAUGAGAAUCGUUCAGUGGAUCAAAGAUCGUUCAGAAACUUCUUCUUUCGACCUUGUACUCUUGGGAAAGAUUUGCUUGUGAUAGGAAAAUUCGGCCUUGUACAAUAUAUGAUUCUGAAGACAGUUUGUGCUUUCUUAGCUUUCUUGUUGGAACUCUUUGGUGUUUAUGGUGACGGGGAAUUCAAGUGGUACUAUGGCUAUCCAUAUAUAGCAGUGGUAUUGAACUUCAGCCAGAUGUGGGCAUUGUAUUGCCUUGUGAAGUUGUAUAAUGUAACUCAUGAAAGACUUCAAUCAAUAAAGCCCCUUGCAAAGUUCAUCAGCUUCAAGGCCAUUGUGUUUGCUACUUGGUGGCAAGGUGUGGGUAUUGCACUGUUGUGUGCAUUUGGAAUUCUGCCAAAGGAGGGAAAAGUACAAACUGGACUGCAGGAUGUCUUGAUUUGUAUAGAAAUGGCCAUUGCAGCUAUUGCUCAUGUGUAUGUUUUCUCAGCGGAACCAUACUGUUUCCUCCCUGUCUCCAAGUAUGGGAAGGUCACUACUGAAACAACCAAAAAAGAGCUGAAGUUAGAGCAAGGUCACGAUGAGAAGCUAGCCGUGCUUGAAAGGACUGAAACUAAGGCCGAGGCUUCUGGAACAAGUGUCAGGGAGAGUGUUCAGGAAAUUGUUCUUGAAGGUGGUCAACAUGUCGUCAAAGAUGUUGUAUUGACCUUUAAUCAAGCUAUGGGGCCUGUGGAAAAGGGUGUGACAAAAAUCCAGGAGACCUUCCACCAAAUAUCAGUGGGUUCAGAUGACCAAGAAGAAGAGUCAGAGUUGAAAGUAGAGCAACGUGUUGAAGCAAAUCUUAGAGGAAGUUAACUCACGUUGGCCUCUGAGAAAGACUAGAACAUAUAUAGGAGAAUCCAUAUCAUCAUGUGCAGACUGGAAUUUUUUUGGUCAGAAUAAACUCAUCCAAGUCCUCUGUUCUAUACUUAGAUUGCUGUAAGAAUUGGUAGUGAACUCUGCUUAGAUACUUGUAGUUGCCAUCAUCCUUUUGUGACUUUU